AUGCACUCUGAUAAGUUCAGUCUUGAGCUAAAAUCAACAACGGGCACGAAUGACGGUUACGAUGACGAUGACGGAACCAAGCUCAAACUCUCUGCAUCCAAACACGACGACGACGAAGAGAGUUCGUUGUGGACGGUCAACAAACCGGUUCAAGCCCCCCGUUUGGAGAUCAUUAGAAAGAUCAAGUGGAAGGGCUGCGAGGAUUCCGGAAACUCCUGGGAAUCGGAGGAAAAUCUCAACUGCCAGGAUCUUCUGGAAAAAAAUGCGCGCGAGGAAGGCGAAAAGUGGGCCAGCAGCCACGGCAAGCGAUCUUCGACGGACUCUUACAAGGACUCUUACUCAAACAUGAAUCGGGCCGGAGAAGAUGUUGAGAAAGCACCACCGAAACUGUAG